AUGUUAAAACACUCGAUAUUGGUUCUCGCGUGCGUCGCCCAAGUGUUCGCAUCGCCUCUACCCAAAGAGCCCAAAGACAACGAGGGCAAGGUGCUCUACGAUCAACGGCAAGAGGGCGAGUGGAAUGUCAGAGCGGAUCUGCAGAAUUUCGUGAUCAUGAUCAUACCAACGCAAACAUCCUCGCCAUCCCCUGUGGGAUCAGAAGUGGGAUUACUGGACUUCCUCAGCAAAUCCAUCCCCAAAAGGAACCACCUGAAGAGAUUUAAAGUCAAAGCACCCGCCGCAAUGCAAAGCCAAGAUGUGAGUCCAGAUACCAUGCACUUCAUCGAAUCCAAGUCGGCUCCGUACCACGUUGACAUCAGCAAGACGAAAACGGAGCUCAGCAAACUGCACCCUCAGAAAAGAAGUGAAGAAUUGGUUGCCAACUCCCCAAGCUUAAGACUUUCCCGUGCAGUUGUAUUUUCAGUGCCGGACGAAGAGUUCGUUGUGACUAGAACGGAGGAUCACAAGAAGGUUGUGAAGAAAGACGGCAAGAAGAAGAUUAUUAAGGAAAAACCAACCUUGAUGCUGAUCGGGGAGGGUAUUGAACAGUGUGGACCAGGGAGGGAGCGGGACGAGCAGGGUAUUUGUAAAUCCAGCAAACAAUAAAAAAAUACUGUUAUUAUUUAUUUUUGUAGUUUAGUUAAAUAAAUGUUUUUUCUUUGUAAACACAAGAUUAUUAUUAUUAUUACAACUAAAAAUAAAACGAUUUGUUGUUGAGC